GGCCCGGCGAGCGCGCUCUCGCUCGGUCCCUACGCGGCCCGCCUGGUGGCCGAGGAGCUCGCUCUCGCUGAGCACCUACAGGGCCCGCAUGGUGGCCGGGGAGCGCGAGUGACCUGCAGGCCCUGGGCCGGAGAGGGCAGCCGGGUCCUGGGGUUGUGCGCUCAGAACGCCCAGGGUCACAACUUGAGAUGAGACUGUCCCAGAGUGGGCUGCGCUGGCGGUUUCAUUUCCGGGUGUGAUGGCCCAGCGAUUAAGAGGGAGCCCAGACGUUGCCUUGAUGAUGAAUGUGAACGUUGUCAAGCUGUGUCCUUGAUUGUGGAGUCUGAUAAGACAUUCUUUUAAAUCAGGAGUCAGUGAUCUGUCAGGCUCCCGAAUUAAAAAAAAAAAAAAAAAAGAAAAGAAAAGAAACGGGGAAACAACAGGGCGUGGAUGGUCCUUAUACAAUUACUUCGUUUAAAGACUAUGUCUCCAGUAGGAUGGGACAGGAAUUAGCCCCCUUUGACUACAGUUCCUGUGCUGUAACUGUGAGAAACUUCAGCCUUCAGACGGAUAACUAUUUAACACCUGGAAUUGUGGAGGCGCUGCAGUGAAGAAAUAUGUAAUCAUGGAAUCUCCUUGCUAAUCGUCACCACCUGUUCCCCGUGAUAAGCCAGCAAGGACGUGGGUCGAGAAGGAAGAGAGGCCAACAUGAAGCUGAAGCAGCGAGUUGUGCUGUUAGCAAUACUCCUUGUCAUUUUUAUUUUCACCAAAGUUUUCCUGAUAGACAAUUUAGAUACAUCAGCUGCCAACCGAGAGGACCAGAGGGCUUUUCACAGAAUGAUGACUGGCUUGCGGGUGGAGCUGGUGCCCAAGUUGGACCACACCCUGCAGUCUCCUUGGGAGAUUGCAGCCCAGUGGGUGGUGCCCCGGGAAGUGUACCCUGAAGAGACACCAGAGCUGGGAGCAAUCAUGCAUGCCAUGGCUACUAAGAAAAUCAUUAAAGCUGAUGUGGGUUAUAAAGGGACGCAGCUAAAAGCUUUACUGAUUCUUGAAGGAGGACAGAAAGUUGUCUUCAAACCUAAGCGGUACAGCAGAGACUAUGUUGUAGAAGGGGAGCCAUAUGCUGGGUAUGACAGGCACAAUGCAGAGGUGGCGGCCUUCCAUUUGGACAGGAUUCUGGGUUUCCGCCGAGCUCCCUUGGUCGUUGGCAGAUAUGUUAAUCUGCAAACAGAAAUGAAGCCUGUUGCCACGGAGCAGCUGCUGAGUACCUUCCUAACUGUGGGGAACAAUACUUGUUUCUAUGGGAAGUGCUAUUAUUGCCGAGAAACAGAGCCAGCAUGUGCUGAUGGUGACAUGAUGGAGGGUUCCAUCACACUUUGGCUUCCAGAUGUGUGGCCUCUGCAGAAACAUCGACAUCCCUGGGGCAGGACUUACCGAGAAGGCAAACUGGCCAGGUGGGAAUAUGAUGAGAGCUACUGCGAUGCUGUGAAGAAGACGUCUCCCUAUGACUCAGGCCCGCGCCUCCUGGACAUCAUUGACACGGCUGUCUUUGAUUACUUGAUUGGCAAUGCUGACCGCCAUCACUAUGAAAGCUUUCAAGAUGAUGAAGGCGCUAGCAUGCUUAUUCUUCUUGAUAAUGCCAAAAGCUUUGGGAACCCCUCGCUGGAUGAGAGAAGCAUUCUUGCCCCUCUCUAUCAGUGCUGCAUAAUUCGGGUUUCAACCUGGAAUAGACUGAAUUAUCUAAAGAAUGGAGUACUAAAGUCUGCCUUAAAAUCUGCCAUGGCCCAUGACCCCAUCUCCCCUGUGCUCUCUGAUCCACACUUGGACUCUGUGGACCAGCGACUUCUGAAUGUCUUGGCCACCAUCAAGCAGUGUACUGACCAGUUUGGGAUGGACACCGUGCUGGUGGAAGACAGGAUGCCGCUCUCCCACUUGUAACUCUCAACACAAAAAAAGUGCAACUGAUUUUUACAAAGAUAGAGACACAGCACAAUCAAUUCCAAAUGGCAUGUGAUGGCCUGCAAGUGGCCACUGUGGGACUGGUGGUGAAGACCAUGGCCCUGGGAGUGCUCCGCGUUUUCUGCAGUGCAAGCUCAAGACCAGUUGAGCGAGCGUCUCUGCAGAAGCACCUCUCUGCAGCAGGUGGCAGCGCUGCUCAGUCUUUAUUCCCACACCGAGGAUAAGCAGGUUGACACUGGCUAAGUGUGUCUGGGGCUAGCCUUGUCCUUUCUCCACACCGUGGAUUCUCUGGAAACACUUUGCAGUCCCUUGUGUCUUUAAACAACAAAAACCAGAACUAGUCAGAUUGAAAACAUACUGUUCCUCCAGAGUGCCAUCAGACAAAAUAGCAGUCUGCUCCAGGAGACAGUGUUCAAGGUAGAUUGGAGGAAGGGAAGGGCAGGAAGACCUUGGGACUCUAAGCAUGAAUUUGACAUCUCAGGGAAGAGAAGAGGGAGGGACUCACUCUCUAGAACCAGGAAGAUCAUUGACUUAGUGAAAAACAGUGUCCCCUCUGUUUGGGUUCUUAGAUAUGUCCAAAGCAAAACAGUCGUCUCCUGGUUGUGUUCAAAUUAACCACAGUCAUCUCUAGAACUACCACAACCCAAGCAUGAUCCUCUGUGGACACUAAUCUACUCCAUGCACUCCUUUUGCCCAAAGUAGCAAAACAAACUGAAAUGUACUCUCUGCCACCCCUCCCCUUUUUCUUUCUUUUUCUCUCAGUGGCAUUGUUUAUUUUGAGGUAGACUCUAGCCCAUGCUGAUCUGGGACUUUCUGUAUGACCCAGGCUCGCUUUGAACUGGCAGCAAUCCUGUGGCCUCAGCCUUCCACAUGUGAGGAUUAUAGGUAUGAACCAACAUGCCCAGCUCUCUCUUCUAAAGUGAACUCAUACCCUGUGAGGUAAAUGCCUGUAGUGGCGCUGUUCCUAGGAGCUUGGCAGCUUUUGCCUUUCUUAGGAGAAAGUGUCCUGGUGGGUGGACACUUGUGAUGUGUGCCCUGCAGAUAACAGUGAGAAUGUUAAGCCUCUGAGCCUUGACACCGAGGAGCUCACCACAAAGAGCCUUAAUAUUUUGGUUCAUAUCCAAUCCAAAUUUGCUCUUAUUUGGAGUUCUGAACCUGAGGUGAAGUAGAACUCUUCCAUCUCCGUGUCAGUCAGGGUUGGGUCUGUGUCUUUGUGUUCUGGGAAGUCAUUUGAUAGGUAAGCAGCUGCCACGUAGCUAGGGAGUGUCUGGGACAGUGGCUGCACUCACACUGUGUUCCCUCUACAUCUCAUCCCCUGCUGGACUUCUGUCAGGACUAGCCUGUCAGCAUUGUGCUUGAUAUUUGGUGCCAGCCACAGAGCCUGGCCUGAGGCAGCUACCUUUUGAAUUCAUAACCCCUGGUUUCUCACAUUAAAACCCUAUAACCAAUUUUAAAUGGCAUGAAAUUAGGAAAAUUUGUACAUUUAAUGUACACUUUGAGGUAGAUUAAGGAAUAUACUGCAUAUUUCUUUUUUUUAAUCUGGGGUAUUGAACUUAAGAAAACAAAUAUUAGCACAAAACACUAAAAUAGUGUUAACAAAAGGAGAUAUUGAGCCAGGCAGUGGUGAUGCACACCUCUAGUCCUGGCAUUUGGAAGGCAGAGGCAGGCAGAUCUCUGUGAGUUCAAGGCCAGUCUGGUCUACAGAGUGAGUUCUAGGACCAAACCCCCAAAAAACAAAGCAAAAACAAAAGGAAGUAUUAAGUUCAGUUUCCAGGCUACUUGCUGUGUUCAUCAAGGAAAUUCACAGUUGGAUUUUGAGAUUAGCGUGGUUGUGGUUGUUAGUUAGCACUUUCGAAAGUAGGAACCAAAUGCUGGGAGCCAUCAGAGCGGACAGCAGUGAGGCCUCCCUCUAGUGCUGACUGUGUAUCGGCAUCCCGUCGGACACACUGGGGAAGUGAGGAGGAACUGUGCCCAAACAGCCUCACUUGUAAUGUUGGAGACAGAAGAUUCUUCUGGGGGAAAAGAACAGGCAGAAAAGCUGCUUUGAAAAAAUGUCUCAUUUUCCCUUCAUGGCAGUUAGAGAAGAGUCAUCAUCUCACACUUCCUUUUCACAGUCAUGGCUUUAGAAGGUGCUCAGAGCCACAGUGGACAGAGUUGAGUUAGGGUGACAUGGCGAUUAGAGUGUAAAUGUGUGUUCUAACUGGGAGGUACACUUGAGUGAAUCUUGGUGCGGCAGGGACGGGGGCAGCCGUAUGCUUCUCAGCCCCAAAUUUAUAAACACAAAGUUCUGUUAGGGAAAAAAAUGAUAGAUUCACAUUUUGAAAGUAUUGUAACUCUGGCCUCUUUGGGGCCAGUUACUAGAUGAGGACUGUUAUAAUCAAGGCACUGGGGAUCGGGUCAGCUCUAAAUCAGCUUUACCAGCCUAACACCUGCAGAGAUGGAUGCAUCUAAUACAAAACCCAAGAAACCCGAAUCCAUUGCUGUUCCCUCCUUUCCUCCCACUUCUUAAAUAUAUGUAUUCUGAAGUUGGAAUGGGGGAGAUUUGAAUAUAGAAAUUUUAUUCUCAAACUGUUUCUUAAUCUAAGACUGUGUUGUACUUUGGGGAAGGCUCUAAGUAAUUCAUCUUUGAAACAAUAGGCUCUGAUUUGCUGAAGAUGGUUGGUAUUUUUUAAGGUAUGUCUCCCUGUUUGCACUCAGGGUUAAAAUGUCAGACUAAAUUUUUAGAAGAAAAUAGAGAAAUUCAGUUAUAUUCAUUACAGAUUAUUUCAGCAAAGUGGACCCAGGCAGUUUCUCGAUUUUCCCAGUGCUGGAGACAGCAUUGCCAUCCAAAGAAACUCAGGUUUUCUUUCAAACUCUCACGCUUUGUCUUCUCAUCCCCUGCCUCCUGUUCCUUCAGCCUCCCUUCCCUUCCCUUCCCUCCCUUGAUCUCUCUGAUUAUCUUAUGAUCACAGCACCUGCUGUUGGCACACUCUGAGUCCUGUGACCAGGGUUUCAGGACAGGAGGAGGAGGUUUGGGUUCAUGUGCCGUGUGUAUUCUACCAAGGAAAAUGUACUUUGACACAAGGAAGACUGAGUGACUGGCACUGGGAAAGGGCUUGGCUAGUACAUAGGUUAGAGUGUACGUCAAUCAUUUCCUGAACAGCCUGCUAAGCAGGUGACCCGACUGAGCAUGCUCCAUGGGGGAGGCUGGCUCUUCCCCCCUUAUUUCUCUAGUCUGGUGGUGAGUGGGGGCUGGACACUGUACUGUCACAGGUUUUUAGGACCUAAGGUGAUCCUCGUAAACUCUUGGGGGAAGCUGGGAGUAACUUAGUGGGAAGCUAAUUUAUUUGUCUGAAGGGUGGAUCCCCACUCUCUUGUUUGAUCUGCCAAGGAUUUCCUCUUGGAGCUGUUGUGCAGAUAGAGGCUGUACUUGGUAAGAUACCAAACAUUUCUAAUGUGUUCUAUGGGUUUCAAUUCUGAAAAAAAAAUAAAAGAUUUUAAUAUAU